UCUGCAGCUCCGCCUCGGACUCUGUGGAUCUGACUCAGGAGCUGCGUCUUCUUAAAGCGACACGUCUGUGAUGAAGAAGAGGAGCGGGCACAGAGGAGGAAGAGACCCGGAGGAUGCAGAGGAAGAGACCGGGGAACAGCAGCAUCCGCCUCCUGCCGCCUCCAUCUUCUCCUCCGCCUCCAGGUUCUGAAACCAUCUGUAAUCUGAAGCUGGAUGUCCGCAGAAAAAUCUCCAGGACCACCCCCCCCCCUCUCUCUAUCCUCCUCCACCCUCCUCUUCUCUCCAUCCCCGGAUCAUACAUGGACUGUCCGUGCGUCACGCUCCUUCCUGCUGCGUCUUUUCCUCCGCAGCCGCGUCGCCACCUCCUCUCCUCGUGUUCAGGUUGAUGUGAGACCUGCUCCUCUCUGCUCCUCACCGACUCCUUCUCCUCUCUGCUCCUCCUCACUGACUCCUUCACUUCUCCUCUAAACGUGAGUAGACCGGCGGUUCUCCGGCCUUCUGCCGCGCACCCCCCUCCCCCCUCAGUCCAUGAACCCUGUCGGAAGAUAACGCUGCGUCCCCGCGGCACCGCAUCAGCGUCACCUCCUUACAUGGACCGUGCGUGAAUCUGCGUGACUCUGCGCUCCCCCCCCACCCCCUGGCCGUGCGGCUGAUGCGGUGUUUGUGCGCGCUCUCUGCUCCUCGGCUGCGGGGCGCACGGCGGCAGGAUGGUGCGGAUCGCCAGCGCGCUGGGGCUCGUCAUGUUCAGCGUGGCGCUGCUCAUCCUGUCGCUCAUCAGCUACGUGUCCAUCAAGAAGGACUUCCUGCUCAGCACCCCCCGGUACGGAGCUAACGGAGGACCCAGGAUGUACAUGUUCCACGCGGGGUUCCGCGAGAGGCCGCCUCGCAAACCAGACCUGAGCUCCCAGCUGGCGAUGAAAUAUCUGGACCCGGCGUUCACUCCUCUGACCAACUCUCUGAGCGAGGACCUGCAGAACUCCUCGAAGUGGAGGUACAACAGCUCUGCUUUCAUUCAGCAGAGGACCGAGAUCUCUCAGUACAUCGACAUCCCCCACAACUUCUCCCUGACCCGAAGCUCGGUGCGAAUCGGUCAGCUGAUGCAUUACGACUACUCCAGCCACAAGUACGUCUUCUCCAUCGGUGAGAACUUCCGCUCGCUCCUCCCCGAGGCGUCGCCCAUCCUCAACAAACACUACAACGUCUGCGCGGUGAUCGGAAACAGCGGCAUCCUCACGGGCUCGCGCUGCGGACCCCAGAUCGAGAAGUUCGACUUUGUCUUCCGCUGCAACUUUGCCCCGACGGAGAUCUUUAAGAAGGACGUCGGGCGGCAGACCAACAUGACGACGUUCAACCCAAGUAUCCUGGAGAAAUACUACAACAACUUACUGACCGUGCAGGACAGGAACAACUUCUUCCUGAGCCUGAAGAAGCUGGACAGCGCCAUCCUGUGGAUCCCGGCGUUCUUCUUCCACACGUCGGCCACAGUGACGAGGACGCUGGUGGACUUCUUCGUGGAGCAUCGGGGUCAGCUGAAGGUCCAGCUCGCCUGGCCGGGGAACAUCAUGCAGUACAUCAACAGCUACUGGAAAACCAAGCAGCUGUCGCCGAAGCGCCUGAGCACCGGCAUCCUCAUGUACACGCUGGCCUCGUCCAUGUGCGACCAGAUCCACCUGUACGGCUUCUGGCCCUUCGGCUGGGACCCCAACACGGGCAAGGAGCUGCCGUACCACUACUACGACAAGAAGGGCACCAAGUUCACCACCAAGUGGCAGGAGUCGCAUCAGCUGCCGGCCGAGUUCAAGCUGCUCUACAAGAUGCACACGGAGGGACUGCUCAAGCUCCGCCUCUCGCACUGCGGGUAGAGCUGAAGCUCCGCCUCUCGCACUGUGCGUAGAGCUCAAGCUGAAGCUCAAGCUGAAGCUCAAGCUGAACUCCGCUCCGACGCUUCCACAGACCAGAGGCGUGAAAAUGACAAAACGGACAAAGGCCGGAUUCAUGUGCUGUUUUCAGGCCCAGAUCCUCGAGUUAACGUCCAGAGUCCAGAGACCGUUACGAACUGCAACCGCUCGAGAGACGAGACGUAUUUGUGUUUGACUCGAGGAUCCAAAGUGGAACAGGACUAAAGAUCUUUGUCUCUGAGCUGAACUCGUGGGAAAUGUUCUCCUGCUGAAUAUCACAAACUCAUAUUACUUAAUCUAGUUUUCUCUCUCUCGUCACUCUUCAGCUACGAGUUCCCCGUAAGGAAACCUCCAGGUUCUCUGCUCCGUGUUUGCUGCAGGUCAUUGCAUCAUCAUCCUGUAAAACACCACGUCGGCCAAUCAGAUAGAAACGCUCAUUCCUGGAAGUCGUAGAGGAAACUGAUGAGUAAAAUCUUGCCUCGUAUGAUUAUAAACAGUUUUGACAUAUAUGAUAAGUCUCAUACCUCAUAUCUCACACUUCAGGUCUGUUAAUAAGCUGGAUCCUGUUUCCUGAUGUCACACAAUCACUGCUGCGUUUCUGUUGAAGCUGCGUCGUUCUGCAGAGACGACGAGCUGCUGCGUCUCCCUGUGUUUCUGCUGCAGAGCUUCUGAGUGACGUCGACUCGACUACAUGUCAGGACUCAUCAGGAGCAUCUUCCCGUCCGGACGUAACAAUAAACAACCUAUUGAAACAAAUAGAUUCAGUCAACAGAAACGCACGAGGGCUUUUACUUUGAAGGAGAGAAACUCCUCGGCUCAGCGAGUUGUUUUCACACCUGAACAAAUGGUAAGUUAGUAGUUCGUCUCUUUGUGAGGAUUACUGACGUCAACUAGCUGCUUGUGUCAUCAACUCUAUGCACCAAUCAGGACGAGUCUCGCUCUGCUUGUUGACCUCAUGUCCUCGGUGACGUGUUUAUAGUUUUUACUUUACCUUUGUUUCUGUUUCAGAUGAAGUCAGGGUUAGAAACUCGGUGACGAACGUACGUUAGAAAUGUCUCUUUGUCCCGUGGUCGUGUCAAAUCCUCACUUCAGCCAAACGGCUCCAUUCACACCCAGUUAAUCUAUACGUUUGCUGCUGGAGGGAUUUUAAUCUGAAGAUGUCGGAGGACGUGAAACAGAUUCGUGAGUCACGAUGUUGAACUUCUCUCCCCCUCGUUCCUGUGAAUGGAUCCAGUCCGAACAUGUUGUUGUUCUGUCGUCUGUUAACGUCACGAUGUUCCGUUUCCUGUGGUUUGAACCUGGAAGCUGACUGAAUGUUUCUGCUUCUGGAGAAUUCACGUCGUAUUCUGAAAUGUCCGGAUUGUUUCACACUUUGUUAUCAGGAAUUUAGGAUUUAUUAUAAGAAUUAUUUUGUUUUGACGGUUGUUAAGCGGGUCGGGGAUCAGGUGCGAUGUCGUAAGUUGUGUGAUUUAAGUGUUUUUCAGUCAUAUCAAAUGUAAAUCAUGAUUUUAUUUCUUUGCUGCAGAGAAUCUUGGAUUAUUUCUAACGUGCAGCUGUUUCUUUUACUUUGUUUUUUUAAGUUUCAUUCCAACGUGAGAUUUCUGUGACUUGAAACGUGACAUUUUUUUGACUCUUGACAAAACGAUUGUCGACGGUUGAAUUCCCUGUGUGAUGAGAACGAUGUUAUUUUCUGACCUGAGCACACGACCACACAUUCAAUGUUUCUGUAAUAUACGAAGUCAGUGAAACAUCAGGUUUUUAAAGAAUGUAUUUGCUUUUUGAAUGAAACUCAGAUAUUAACGAGCCUGAUUCCUUCCAUAUCAAUAAGUCUUUAGAUUUCACUUUACCAAGAGUAACAUUAUACUAAAGCCACAUUUAGACAUCACACACAAUAUGAUGUAGGAUAACGAAUAAGUUUCAAUCAUCCAAUACUUGAAAUAUAUCUACUCUGUAUUUAUUUCUUCAUUUAGUUAUUAAAAUGAAUGAAAUCAUCAA